UGUUCCCCCCGCACCCCUCCCUCCCUGCCGCCGGCGGCUCUGGGGCCCCGGUGGGGAGCAGGGGGCCGAUUAGCCGAGGCGCAGGGGUGUGGCCAGCGGGGCCCCGGGUAGUGAGUCACACGCGCCGCUCGCCCAGUCCCCGGGGCCCAGCGCGCUCCCUGCCCGCCCGCCCGAGAGAGAGCUGCGCGCUGGCCAGGAGCGCGCCAAGAGUGACCCCGGGCUUGGCAUGAGGACCCUGGGGUGCCGAGGGAGGGGCUGACGCCCCGGCGCGGUUGGUGGAGGAGGGCGGACAGAAUGACUGAGAACAUGAAGGAGUGCUUGGCGCAGACCAAGGCGGCCGUGGGGGACAUGGUGACGGUGGUGAAGACGGAGGUCUGCUCCCCGCUCCGCGACCAGGAGUAUGGCCAGCCCUGCUCCAGGAGACCAGAUUCCUCGGCCAUGGAAGUGGAGCCCAAGAAACUAAAGGGGAAGCGUGACCUCCUCAUGCCCAAAAGCUUCCAGCAAGUGGACUUCUGGUUCUGCGAGUCCUGCCAGGAGUACUUUGUGGAUGAGUGCCCAAACCAUGGGCCCCCGGUGUUCGUGACGGACACACCGGUGCCCGUGGGGAUCCCGGACCGGGCCGCCCUCACCCUCCCGCAGGGCAUGGAGGUGGUCAAGGAGGCCAGCGGGGAGAGCGACGUCCGCUGCAUCAAUGAGGUCAUCCCUAAGGGCCACAUCUUUGGCCCCUACGAGGGACAGCUCUCCACGCAGGACAAGUCGGCCGGCUUCUUCUCGUGGCUGAUUGUGGACAAGAACAACCGCUACAAAUCCAUAGACGGGUCCGACGAGACGAAAGCCAACUGGAUGAGGUACGUGGUCAUCUCACGGGAGGAGAGGGAGCAGAACCUGCUGGCCUUCCAGCACAGCGAGCGCAUCUACUUCCGCACGUGCAGGGACAUCCGGCCUGGGGAGCGGCUGCGGGUGUGGUACAGUGAGGACUACAUGAAGCGCCUGCACAGUAUGUCCCAGGAGACCAUCCACCGCAACCUUGUGAGAGGAGAGAAGCAGUUGCAGAGGGAGAAGGCUGAGCAGGCUCUGGAUAACCCGGAAGACCUGCGGUACCCCCUUCAGCUCCCGGUGUUGAGACAGGGCAAGAGUCCCUACAAGCGCAGCUUCGAUGAGGGGGAUGCACACCCCCAGACCAAGAAGAAGAAGAUCGACCUCAUCUUCAAGGAUGUGCUGGAGGCCUCGCUGGAGUCUGCCAAGGCGGAGGCCCGCCAGCUGGCCCUGAGCACAUCACUGGUCAUCAGGAAGGUCCCCAAGUAUCAGGACGAUGCCUAUAGCCGCUGUGCUGUGCCCGUGGCUCACGGCAUACAGAAUGUCAGCCGGACCCAGGGGGACGGGGCCUGGAAGAUGGCCCCAGGGGCUUCUCAGGAGCCAGGUCCGAUGGAGGACGAGGAAGAGGAGCCUGCGUCCUUCAAAGCCGACAGUCCUGUGGAGGCCUCGCUGGCUUCUGACCCCCAUGAGCUGCCUACCACUUCCUUUUGCCCCAACUGUAUUCGCCUCAAGAAGAAGGUCCGGGAACUCCAGGCAGAACUGGACAUGCUUAAGUCCGGGAAGCUCCCUGAGCCCCCCGUCCUACCCGCACAGGUACUGGAGCUCCCCGGGUUCUCAGACCCUGCAGCUUCUGAGAGCCUGGUCUCUGGCCCCGUCCUCAUGGAAGAUGAUGACCAGGAAGUCGACUCAGCUGACGAAUCUGUCUCCAAUGACAUGAUGACAGCCACCGACGAGCCCUCUAAGAUGUCUUCGGCUACCGGGCGCCGGAUCCGGCGCUUUAAGCAGGAGUGGCUGAAGAAAUUUUGGUUCCUGCGUUACUCACCCACCCUCAAUGAGAUGUGGUGCCAUGUGUGCCGCCAGUACACGGUGCAGUCUUCGCGCACGUCAGCCUUUAUCAUUGGCUCCAAGCAGUUUAAGAUCCACACCAUCAAGUUGCACAGCCAGAGCAAUCUGCACAAGAAGUGCCUGCAGCUCUACAAGCUGCGCAUGCACCCUGAGAAGACGGAGGAGAUGUGCCGCAACAUGACCCUCCUCUUCAACACCGCCUACCACCUGGCCCUCGAGGGCCGGCCCUACCUGGACUUCCGGCCACUAGCUGAGCUGCUAAGGAAGUGUGAGCUCAAGGUGGUGGACCAGUACAUGAAUGAGGGUGACUGCCAGAUCCUCAUCCACCAUAUCGCGCGGGCGCUACGGGAAGACUUGGUGGAGAGGCUCCGCCAGUCGCCCUGCCUCAGCAUCAUCCUGGAUGGCCAGAGUGAUGACCUCCUGGCCGACACGGUGGCUGUCUAUGUUCAGUACACCAGCAGCGAUGGGCCGCCGGCCACUGAGUUCCUGUCCCUGCAGGAACUGGGCUUCUCCAGCACGGAGAGCUACCUGCAGGCACUCGACCGGGCCUUUGCUGCCUUGGGCAUCCGGUUACAGGACGAGAAGCCUACAGUGGGCCUGGGUGUGGACGGGGCCCACGUCACUGCCAGCCUGCGUGCCAGCAUGUUCAUGACCAUCCGUAAGACGCUGCCGUGGCUGCUGUGCCUGCCCUUCAUGGUGCACCGGCCACACUUGGAGGUCCUGGAUGCCAUCAGCGGGAAGGAGCUGCCGUGCUUAGAGGAGCUGGAGAACAACCUCAAGCAGCUGCUCAGCUUCUACCGCUACUCGCCGCGCCUCAUGGGCGAGCUGCGUGCCACAGCCUCCACGCUCUGCGAGGAGACGGAGUUCCUGGGGGACAUCCGUGCAGUGAGGUGGAUCAUCGGUGAGCAGAAUGUGCUCAACGCUCUCAUCAAGGACUAUCUGGAGGUGGUGGCGCACCUCAAGGAUGUCAGCAGCCAGACGCAGCGGGCAGACGCCUCAGCCAUCGCCUUGGCCCUGCUACAGUUCCUCAUGGACUAUCAGUCUAUGAAGCUCAUCUACUUUCUCCUGGAUGUGAUUGCGGUGCUGUCACGUCUGGCCUAUGUCUUCCAGGGCGAGUACCUCCUCGUGUCCCAGGUGGAUGACAAGAUCGAGGAGUCCAUCCAGGAGAUCAGUCGGCUGGCUGACUCUCCCGGGGAGUACCUGCAGGAGUUUGAGGAGAACUUCCGGGAGAGCUUCAAUGGGAUCGCUAUGAAGAACCUCCGAGUGGCUGAGGCCAAGUUCCAGUCCAUCCGGGAGAAGAUCUGCCAGAAGACUCAGGUGAUCCUGGCUCAGAGGUUUGAUUCCCGAAGUCGGAUCUUCGUGAAGGCCUGCCAGGUGUUUGACCUGGCCACUUGGCCCCGGAGCAGCGAGGAGCUUGUGAGCUAUGGCAAGGAGGACAUGGUUCAAAUCUUUGACCACCUGGAGGCCAUUCCCACUUUCUCUCGGGAUGUGUGCCGGGAGGGCCUGGAUCCCCGGGGGAGCCUGCUGAUGGAGUGGCGGGAACUGAAGGCCGAUUACUAUGCCAAGAAUGGCUUCAAAGACCUCAUCGGCCACGUGGGCAAGUACAAGCAGCGGUUUCCACUCUUGAAUAAGAUCAUUCAGGUCCUGAAAGUCCUGCCCACGUCCACAGCGUGCUGUGAGAAGGGCCGCAGUGCCCUGCAGCGGGUACGCAAGAACCACCGCUCCCGGCUCACCCUGGAGCAGCUCAGCGACCUGCUGACUAUUGCUGUGAACGGACCACCCAUUGCCAACUUCGAUGCCAAGAGGGCCCUGGACAGCUGGUUCGAGGAGAAGUCAGGCAACAGCUACACGCUGUCGGCCGAGGUGCUCAGCAGGAUGUCGGCGCUGGAGCAGAAGCCGAUGCUGCACGCCGUGGACCAUGGGGCAGAAUUCUACCCAGACAUGUAAGGAGCUGGCGAUGCAGAGUUCACUAAGCUGUUGAAUAUUUUUUUAAUCUCUCUACUCAUAAGCUUUGAUAUAUUAUAUAAAUAUAUAUUAUAUUAUAUUAUUAUUAUAUAUAUAUAUAUAAACCCACACUGAAAAAAAAUUUUUUAAACCACGGUGAUGCAUCCACCUGAAGCUGCUGGGAGCUUUCAGAGGAAAAGUAUUGGAAGUGAACUCUUGUCUACAAAAUGUGGCAGCUGCAAGUAGGUGGCGACUCAUUUCCACAAUGCAGAAGCACGUGCCGGGGCCACGCAUGAACACCCCCCCACACACCUCCGACAGCAUAAGCUAGCAUCACCCUUAGGUAGCUCUUUUUUUGUUGUUUGUAUUUUUGUUGGUGGGGGAGGGGCUGUGGGGGUCAAAUUAAUAUUCUUGCCUUUUCUUUCCUUAUUUGCUUGGGUUUUCCAUGGUGGCCUCAAGGCUUCUGAGUCCAUGUGCUCACAUCAGAUCUGGGAGCCCACCAGACUUGGGAUGAGAGAUUUCUGUUCUCUCUCCUAUGAGGGUUCCCACAUUGUUUCAGAAAUACAAGUGUCGGUAAACUGUGACAUCCACCGCUCCCAUCUCUGUCCCCUUUCCUGUCCCUGGGUGGCUGGUUUCCUGUCACCUGGCAUGCUGGGUUCUAAAGAUAUUACCCAUUAUUUGCCUUUCCACCGAACUUGGAACCCCCAGGGCCAGGAGAUAAAAGGAGUUCUGGGUGGGAUAAAACAUAUAUUCAGUUCCAGGGCUGAGGGAGAAACACAGGACCUGAGAGGUCUAGACCCAGACAGGGCCACAAUCUUUUGGCUAAAUUCAAGUUCAGUGAAAAGUAUCUGCUCAAUAGUUGUGAAUUGCUUAUGCUCUGUCUUUAAAAAUCAUCGACGUGUUGAGGUAUUUUCUUUUUCCUGUAUUAGUCAAGGAAGACCUGCUACUGUCCUGUGGCCAAGCUAUCAGUUGCAGUUUAUGCCCAAAGGAGAGUCUCUCGCUGGGGUCUUGGGAAGCCUUGCCCUUGACAGGGGAUCAUGGAAAACUGGGAUUAGGAUUGUAUCUCUACCUGUGAAUGCUUUCUUUUUUGAAUGGGAUAGAAAUGUCCUGAGGACAAGAAAAGAACAAGCAGUAGCCUACUCUCUCUCUCUCUCUCUCUCUUUCUCUCUCUCUCUCUCUCUCUCUGCUCUGUCUCUCUUUCUCUCUCUCUCUCAUUCUCUCCCUCUUUCUCUCUCACACAUACACACACACACCACAAAAUAUAAGCUUUAGAAAUAGCCACUUGCCUACUCCCUGGGGCAAGUCAUGGUUUAAGUUAGAGGAGUCUAAUCAAUACUCUUGUUCAUUUAACUACCGGUAUACCUCGCAAGGGAAUUUUGUUUUUUGUUUUUUUGUUUUUUUUUAAAUGUGCGUGAGCUGUUCAAAACUUCUGUUCAUGUUCCCACCUCUGAAUGAGGCAUUUCUGAUACACGGAGAUCCUGUGUCACAAAGGCAGGACAUGGGGCUUGAGGGGAGAAAGAUCUGCAGGGUCAGUCCCCCAGGGGCCUAUUCCUCUCUGUUGGCAGAGGGUGGGCAAAGGUGGUGUGACCUGGCUACAGGUAAGGCCCUGUCCCUGCCCUGCUUGGCUCUGGCCUUACAAAACUGUGGUGACUUCCUUCCUGCUUGGUUUCUCUGGGCUCCCUCAGCCUCAUGCUGCUUCCGCUCAUGAGAACCGUUGUGGAAAAUGUCAUCGACACUGAACAUGCCACACUCCAAUCCUGACCCUGUCAGACCUUUUGUCCCCUCAUCUCCCUCCCCCGCCCCCACCUCCCUGGUCUUGGUGCUAAGAGAAUUUUAGAAUCAUUGCUGCUAGUUAAUAGCUUUUCAUUAUAUAAAUAUAUUAUAUAUAUUAUAUAUUAUAUUUUAAACUUUUUGUUUGUUCUCAACAGUGAUGUAGCAUGGGAAAAAGCAAACAAAACACAAACACACACACACACACAACAAACCACCUGGUUUCCUCCAACUGUCCGACUGCCGAGCCUCAUAUGCUGCCUUCUUUAAUCAAUCAAUGCACUCCUCCCCUCUUCCCACCUGGGACUGUUCAACCCUGCUUCCCCACCCCACGCCAAGCUGCCCAGGCUUCCCCCUUCUCCGAACCAGGAGAUUGUCGCUUGCAGGACUUAGCCAAGGCUGAGGGCCCUUUCUGGAUUUCUGAGAUCCCAACCUCCUUCUACUUCUUCGCCUGAAGCUGAGAUCUCCUGACCUCCCAAUCCACCUCUCCCUGUCCCAAAGCAACUGUGAUCAAGUAAAAAGUGGGGUGUAGAUGGCAGGGUUCCGCCUUUUCCCGUCAGACUUCCUGUCCACUACAUUUGCCUCAUCAGGCAUCCACAGGAGUUUGAAGUCUCACAUGAAGAUAUGAAGAUGGGUGGAGACCAGCGGUGGUUUGGGGGAGCAUGGGUGGGAGGCCUCUGUUUCUGCCAACAGUUGCCUUAUACCUCUUUCCCGCCCACUCUCUUCCCUCCCCUAAACACACACACACACACACACACACACACACACACACACACAUACACACACACACUUUAAAAUUGCCCUGAGCACUGAAUGGGGAAUAUUUCCUCUGAGGAGGACAUAACUCAAAUUUACUCUUCAUAUGAAGGGGGAAACAAACUCCCUUGGGGCCAGUCACUCUCCUCUGGGCACCUGCCCUCUGGGUCCAACGCCGGAGUGGCCAUGGCAGGGGGUCCUCUGGACCACAGAUGAGGGGCUGGAUCUUGGAAUGGUGCAAGACCCCUCUAAAACUUGGUGCUCACAAUUUCUACUGAAUUUAGCCAGGCCUGCGCAGUGUCAGACACCCUCUUGGUCACUUUGCUUGGGGCAGCUGAGGUGACAGGUCUCUGCAGUGCUCAUAGAGUCUCUUGUCAGCCUGACAGUUCCCAGGGGGCUCCAUGCUUCUGCCCUGUAACUUCUGCAGGGGGUAUUCCCACCCUCGGUCCCUGUGGACUCUGCUUGGCUGAACUUUUCCCCUCCUUGACGUGAGGGUGAAAGGCUGUGGCCAGGGACUCCUCGCAUCUUGAACAGGGUUGCUUCAGAUGCCACACAGCCCCUUAAGGCAGCUCCUGGCUUCCAUGUGCCCCCACAGGCUUAGAAGGAAGUGUGUGUGUCUCUGGCUCUCGAGAUGUCCCUGGGCUGACGAAUGAAUCACUUACUUGGGAUCCUGGAUGUGCAGGAAGUGAGCUCGGCCAUGGGGGAUGUGGGGACAUUGUCAGUAGCAGAAUUGUUAGAACAACGAUGGCUGUGUCUAGGGCAGAAUCUGGGUUCGGCCUGUGUUGAAAAUAAUUUACUUUGCUUUUCCUCCUUGUGGGGUGGGGAUAAGGGUUCAUCCAUUGCCACCUCCUAUCUGUGAAACAUAACGGUAGCCCAGCCCUGGCUGCAGCUCUUGCCACGUGAGAACCUCCAGGGUUUGCUUGCCUGCUUGACUAUGAGUCCAGGCACCCAACACCAGCUGCUUGUAUUUUUUUUUUUUUAACCACUGCCUGCAAUCUUCUGUGUGCUGGACAGACCCCUUCACCCUCACUUGAGAAAGGGCAGGCAGAGCUCCAGGGUCUGGGGCCUUGUGUGGGAGCUAAGCCCUGAAGUCGGGUUUGGGGGUCAGGCUUCCGCCCCUGCUGGGGGGUUCUAGGUGAAACUGUCUGGUCAAGUCCUCUCUCCUUGAUGUCUUUCAGGCCUCUUAUUUGGGAGAGAGUUGUUUUAGGAUCUCUGUGUUUGAAAGGGAGGCGGGAAGGAAAGGCAGAAACAGCGGGCCGAAUGUUGCAUAGACUUCUGGGGAGUCUGCAGUUCCUGCCCCAGCUGGGCUGUGGGGCUGGCCCUGUGGGAACUCUUUAGCGGGUGCCAGAUGGGGUUCCCUAAGUUGGCCGGCGGGUUGAGAUGGGACUUUGUCCUACAUUCCUUUCCUUCUCCCUGCCAUCCCUAGGAAUAGAAAUGGGGUGUCUCCAUCUGGCCUCCAGAUCUAUAUUCUGGGUUGAUGUCCAGGCCUCCUCCAUACCUACUUUUGAUCUUGAUAUUCAGUUGGGGACAGAAGGCAACCCCAAAUGCACUUGGUAUCCCCGCACACUUUUAAGGGUCAGGGCAGCUUACACACACACACACACACACAUAUACACACAAACAUGCGCAUGCGUGCAUACACACACCCAUCAGUGGCCUCCUUAGACAAAACAGGUGAGCUUGGAGGGAUCCCGGGUAAGCCCCAGCACAGGCCCACCUUCUGGGUCCCCAGUUCUAGUCAGAGUUCCUCCCCCCAUCAUUAAGAGGAAAGGCUGUGUCUAAGGACACGGGACCCUUCUGCUUGAAGAGAGGCACCCCCACUCCCUGCCACCUUCUCUGGCUGCUGUUGGCAGGUGCUUUCGCCCAGUAGUUGGAGCCGUGCAGGUUGGAGGAGCCCCCGAGGUGAGCCUGGUUAUGUUAGUGGGGCAUGUGCUAAAGGCCCCUUUGAGGAGGAACAGGGUAGGUCCUCCUCUUCGGAGGGGCUGUCCCCCUCCCUCCGAGUGGUGUCGCCCCGGAGAUACCUAUGCAAUCCAGUGUCCCCCCCGAGCGUGCGAAGAAGUGGGGCUGUGUGUGUAGGGGACAAGCGCUGUGGCAUAUUGUACAUAUGAGCACCGGCAGCACUACACACACACAGAGAGGAAGAGAUGAAAUCACGUCUAUAUAUCUAUAAAUAAUAGCCUAUAUAUUUAUACAUUUCUAUGUUUUAAAUGGAUAUAAGAAUAGAGUCUAUAGAGCUGGGACAGCAAUGGGAAUGCCUGCCGCUCGGCUGUGUGAAGAUGCAGGAGGCAGAACCUUGGCAGGGGGUGGGGGUUCGGGGACAGAAGGGGGGGAGCACAGCCGGUCAUGUCUGGGGGGGCUGGCGGGGAAUGGGGCCUCCCGCCCUCAGAAUGUGGGCGAGGGGAGAAGCUGGGUUCCCGCCCUCUCCAUGCACUUUCUCUCCUUUGGCCCAGGCUCUGUCUGAGGUUUCAAGGAGAUACUCACGCCCCGAGCCCCAGCAGAAGAGCCCCCCCACCCCACGUGGCCACUGCUGCUAGGCAUUAGGACAUGGGUCCAACCCCCCAACCCCAGUGGAGGGGCCACUGCAUAGCCCCUCACCUCCAGGAGGGAGUCGCCUGGCCCCUGGGACAGGGGGCCCUUGGCUCUGGGGAGGCCCAGGGCAUGGCCACCCACAGUUACUCUGCGGUCUAGCUGUCUGGCCUCCGUCCCUCCUGGAGGUGGGCAGCCCUAACCUCUCCAGCCCGCCGCAGGCUUUUCUGCCCCAGGGCAGAGGGCAUGCGCCAGCGGGAAGGGUGGAAUAGGCCGAGACGCACUCUCGCAAAUUCAGUGGCAACUCCAGUUCAGAAGCAGGACUCCGGUCCAGUCCACUUUGCACACCUGGCUACUCAGGACACCGCUCUUCCCUCCCCUAUACCCUGCACGGAGGCCCGAGCCCACCCCCUCACCCCCCACUCCUGACGCCCCCUACUGUGGCUGGCAGGUUUAGUUCACAUACACUGUUCUGAUUCUGUGACCCGAGGCAGCGGCUCAGCCCGAUGCCCCAAGCUCAUCCACUUCCACUGCGUAUGGGAGGGAGGGAGGGAGGGGGGCUCCUCGGCUGUCUCUGCCCCACUCCCAGUGGCAGGGAUGCCUGGGUGGUGGGGGUCGUGUGGGGUCCCCCCCCCACUCAGGAGGCACUGGUAACUUGACGGAGGGCACAGGUGCUGCCCUGACAGAAUCAGGUUUCUCUUCACAUCCAGGUUUCGCUCAAUGGCUUCUUGUCCCCUGGAGACAAGGGAAGGAGAGGCUGAGGGGGCUGCAGACCAGGGGAGACCAGGGGAGAGGGGUAUACCCCCUGUUCUUUGGCUCUCCAAAGGCACUUAUUUCCCCCCACCCCCAACCCCACUGGCCUCCUUUGACCCUGUCCUCCUCCCCCUCCCACCAUCCGACCAACGGACCUCAGUCUCGGGCAGGCCCACCCGCAUCCCUCCCUGCGGGUGGGGUCUGCUCUGCCAACGCUCACCUCUCCCCCACACACAUCAGGCUGGGCCUCCUCGAGCCACCGCCAGCUGCCAGCGGCUCCCAGUUCUAGAGAAACCAGGCCUGGCCCAAGCCUUCCUCUGUGAAGGCGGAUCAGACUGGGGGACUAGGGGAUGGGCACCGGCCCGGGUAGCAAUCCCACAAUGCACUGUACCUCAGAGAGCGCCUACAGGGCUCCCGGGCACUCCACAGUCUCACCCUGUCUCUCUGGAAGAGCAGGUGGUCUGCCGGGGUCCUGGGUGCCCCCCGCGUCUCUCUCCUCUCUACCACCACACUGCUCAACAGUUUCAUGCCAAUCAUAAAGGAAAACUGAAGUGGGGGUAGGGAGGGCGCGCCUAGGAGUCUGUUCUCACACGCAUCUUAAUAUGUUAAUACUUUCUUUAAGAAAAAAAAAGUAAUGUUAUUCUUUUUUGCAGACUACGCUUUAUAGUACCUGUGUGAGGGGCCUAGAACACUGGAUACAAAUAGAGCUAUGCUGGUUUAUCAUAGUAUGUACACAAAAUCUUUCCUUUCCUCAUAUUAUCCUUGUAAUGUACGAAGAUUGUUAAUAAAAGCAUUUA